AUGAUUGAUAUCCUGUUCCUCUUUCAGGCCCUUUGGGGAUUAAAUAUUGCUAUCGAAAUUUUCCGCCCAUUUCCGUCACAUUUUCCACCCCCCAGAGCUAAACCAGCUCCUCGAACUAAUGCUAAAAGUACUUCUUAUGCAAUAUCCACACCUGACAUGGAAAUCAGUGAUGAUGAGUGGAAAAGACUACAGAAGGCUCUGGACUGGCCUGGUCCAGAUCAAGAAAUCACUCAGCUGACUCUGAGCACAAGUCCAGUCCACUCAACAUUCUCCAUUGUGGGACUCAAAAAGAGUUACAAAGUGGGAGAAAACAUCUCAGUUAUUAUCACAGCCAGAGACCACAACAACAACCUGAAAAGAUAUGGAGGAGAUUUUUUCAAAGCAAAGCUUUUCAAUUCAGAGCUCAAGGUGAGUGUGUACGGGGAGGCUGUGGAUCAUCGUAAUGGGACUUACUCUGUUGUUCUUCUUCUUCCCUGGGAAGGUCAGGCACAAGUUUUUGUGUGUCUUGAGCACUCCAGUGAGGUUGUGCAGAUUCUUAAAAAAUACAGAGAGUCUUUAUUCCCACGCAGUCACUAUAAUGGCUACUUUGAAGGAUCAGGACCCAAUAACACCAGGAUCAGUGAAGUAGUAGAAUGUAAUCUCAAGUGGGGUGGAAAUGGAAGUUGGAGGAAAGGUGACUGCUGCUGUGAAUAUAAAGAUGUAAAAACGGGGGCAGUGUGGCAGUGUGAGAGACCAAAGAAACUGACCUGUGACAAACUGGUUCAUCACUCGAUGGGAAUUGUGGAAAGCCCUUUAAAUGAUUUUGAGAAUAAACUUUUUACAGAGUAA